AUGAGUGAUGUUGAGAAGGGCAAGAAGGUUUUUGUUCAGAAGUGUGCCCAGUGCCAGACCCUGACAAAGGGAGGUGAGCACAAGACUGGGCCAAAUCGCCGUGGUCUGUUUGGGCAAAAGACAGGUCCGGCACCUGAAUUUUCUUACAUGGAUGUUAACAAGAACAAAGGUAUCACCUGGGGAGAGGAGACACUGAUGGAGUAUUUGGAGAAUCCCAAGAAGUACAUCCCUGGAAUAAAAAUGAUCUUGGCUGGCAUUAAGAAGACAGGGGACAGUGCAGACUUGAUAGCUUAUCUCAAAAAAGCUACUAAGGAGGGGCACCUGGGUAACUGCUGCCGUUGCUGA